UUAUCUUCAUCUAUCAGGCGCACUUAAUUAGCCAAUCAUUCGUUUCUUGAUCCUCAGAUAUUUCUAAUUCACUGAAGGGUCUCUAACUCUGACACUCUCAAACGUUGGAGGAUCGAGCGAAACAAUGGCAGACGAGGUAGUUCUGUUGGAUACAUGGGUGAGCAUGUUUGGAAUGAGGGCUAGGAUCGCACUGGCAGAGAAGGGAGUGAAGUACGAGUACAAGGAGGAGAAUCUGAGGGACAAGAGCUCACUGCUUCUGCAAAUGAAUCCGGUUCACAAGAAAAUCCCAGUUCUAAUCCAUAACGGCAAGCCUGUCUGCGAAUCUGCCAUUAUUGUGCAGUAUAUCGACGAGGUUUGGAAAGACAAGGCGCCACUUUUGCCUUCAGAUCCUUACGAGCGAGCUCAAGCCAGAUUCUGGGUCAAUUUCAUUGACGAAAAGGUGUAUGAGACAUGGAGGAGAAUGUGGCUUUCAAAAGGAGAGGAGUACGAGGCAGCAAAGAAGGAGGUGCUAGACAUAAUGAAACUUCUAGAAGGGGCACUUGGGGACAAGCCCUUUUAUGGGGGCGACACAUUUGGGUUUGUUGACGUUUGCUGGAUUCCCUUUUCAUGCUGGUUUUACACCUUUGAGGCUUACGGACACUUCAAGAUGGAGGCAGAGUGCCCUACACUCAUAGGUUGGGUCAAGAGGUGCCUGGAGACCAAAGAUAGUGUGUCUAAGACUCUUCCUGAUGAGAAGAAAGUGUACGAGUACAUCGUGGCCCUAGAGAAAGUGAUGACUGGAGCUUGAAUGAACGAAUAUACGCAAGCACUCUCUGAACGAGUAGUAUAUGUGAUAAGUAGGUCUUAGAUCAUAAAGUGUAUGAUUGUAUGUGCUCGUUAUAGUAAUCUGUUUGCUGCUGUUUGAUUGC